GUAGGUACUUUGUAAGCUGUUCAAUCCUUAUACUGUUACGAGAAGGCGAUGCCUGAAACAUGCCAGGUGGAAAGUUUGAUGGACAAGAGAGCGGUUUAUCGCGGUGUCCAGGUCGGUGCACUAACCAGCAGAUUGACCUCACGGCUGUGUUAUUUGCUCAGGUACGGAGCGGUCAAGGAGGGUAUGCGGGUGUGCGGGGCAGGAUUUGUCCGUCUCUCCGAGUUACUGCAGAACCGUUUGAUGAAGUCACACACUGAACAGGAAGUGUUACAAGAAAUAGACUCGUCACAUUCAAAACGAGGUCCACUCAGAUUCGAGAGGAAAGAAGAAGAUGGGGUUGUUUACGUUAGAGCCCGAUUCGCGCGCAGGUUUGAACUUAAUCCAUUCCAUGACGGAACCAAAGUUCCCACCCUGAUGGAAUCCGGUCUUCAGUACAUCUGCACCAAUAUCAACCAAUUUGACCUGGAUGGUUUUCCUGACGAAUACCUCAUCAAUUCUAUUCUGCACCGGCUGAAGCGUGAGAAGCGGCUGAACAGUGAGGUGUUAAGAAGUGUCCUGACCCCAGCACUGGAGCACCUGGAUCUCGAGGGUAUUUACUUGACCGAAGGGGUCGUUCGGCACAUCUGUCAUACCUGCUCUCGGCUACGGGUAGUCAGUUUUAAGGACUGUGGGUAUGUUCUGAAUGACCACCUGUUGGAGCAGAUAGCCAGGAAAUUACCCCGACUAGAAAGCCUGAAUCUGGCAGCAUGUUCUCAUCUGACGGAGCGGUCACUGAGGGCCUUGACCAAGCACUGUGCACACCUGACACACCUGAAUAUCAGCAUGAUCAAAGGAAUCUCCGAGAUGGGUGUGGUUCGACUUCUUGAGAACGCCCCCAAACUCCAGCACCUGGACAUGUUUGACCACAGAGUCUCCAAAAACGGUCGCAAGAAGAUCCACGAGUUAGCAAAAGAGUGUGGGUGCACGGUGGUACUUCGAGGUCUAGAAGACCCUGGUGUAGCCCCACCUGACCCGUGUCUGUUACUGCCAAAUUUCGGCAAGGUGUGGUACUAACAUGACCCGGAUAAUAGGACGUUUAAAUAUUUGUAACCCAUGUCUUUCACUGCCCACAUUUUUUACAAAGAAUGAUUUGAUUUGAUUUGACAUUCAUGAGUAAAUCAGGACAGUAACAUACAUCUGCUGAGUUCUUACUGGCUAACCUCCUAACAACACAGUUGUCAACGCCUGGUUUCUGUGGACUAAAAGAUGCCAUUAUACUACAGGGGAAAUUAACUGGUAAGGGUUUGAAAAAGUUUGGCAUACACUUCAUAGAGGAUAUCCUCCCCAGCCGUAUAUGGGAAGGUCUGUCAGUAACUUGUGGAUGGUCAUGGGUUUCCGCUCACCAUAAUGAUGGCUAUCGUAUAAGUGAAAUAUCCUUGAGCAUGGAGCAUACACCAAUCAAAUAAAUAAAUAAAUAAAUAAUAAGGGACUUAAUCCCACUACAUACAUGUACUACCCCUCUGGUAACU